UUAAAUUGAAUCAUUGUGCUUUUCCUCACCAGGAUGUUUACUGUCUAUCCUUGGACUAACCGUUACCUUGACAAAAGGGAAAAUUUUGCGAAAAAAGUGUCAUGGAAGAUUACUGAAGCUGUCAAUGAUCUUAAUAACAUCAAGGACAAUUUUGUAGAUCUCAGCAAGUUCCAUGCUAACGUUUUACACGUGGAUUCUGGAAGCUUCCAUCUGUUGGCUAACUGCAUUAUCAUCGAAUUGUCUGCUCAGAACCAUGGAAAUUUCAAUGCAAAGGUCCAUGGGAUAUGGCACAAAUUUUUUGCUGUGCUGGUUCAUGCUAUUACAAAGCAGUACCAUUAAAUCCACGAUGAUAAAAUCCUGUCAUCUUUUGUCAAGAAAUGAAACCAUCAUAACCAAAAGCUCUCAGCUC